UAUUUUAAGUGUUUCUAAAAUCCACUAGUGGAAAAACGAUAGGAACCAUUUCCCUGACUGCUGUUUUGGCUUCGAGACAAUUCAUCUUUAAACGGAACAUGUAAGGUGGACUAUAAGGAGUAUCGACAGGCUCCUUUAGUUCAUUAUUGGGCUAAUUAUCUAGUUAACUAGACACUUAUCUACCUCUUCUUCAAAGAGUGUAGAUAGUUUAGCUAUAACAGAGGAAAUAAAUUACACCAAGCAGGCAUGGAAAGAGGAAAUGUCCAUUUGUGAGAGUAAUUUAUUUGUGCACGUGAAAUUUGGGGCGAUAAAACUGAACGUAAAAUUCAAGUCAUGGCAAUCACCUACAUGUGCAAAUAAUUGAUUGCUCUAAUUGGGAGAAAAUGUCAAAUAUAAUUCCAAACUUUUAGAUUAAUUUAUUUAAAUUGAUACUGGCGUCUAUAUUGCUCCCCUGCCAGCCCAAGAUCCAAGUGCCUCUUUGUAAAUGCCUGGCCAUUAAUGUUGCGGUAGAGGCUGAUACGUUGAUGUGGUGGUCUAAUCGAUAUAUCCUAUAGACCGAUGUUGUAGUGAAUGCUGUGUGACACAAGUGGAGUCCUAUUCAUUGCGUAUCCAUGUGGUGCGCUUCUAAUACCUAAACCUUAUUUUAAUGAUAAUAAUCGUAUAAUCUAACAAAUGUUUUAGAUUAUAUAUUUUUACGGUGACAACCCGCCACAGGUGCAUUGCGAUUUGCAGGCAUUCAUGACAGAACCGUGUUUAUUUUUCCUUGUGUUGUGCAACAUGUACAAGAUCAUACAGCUUGUGAAAAUGUGUUCUGUUUAUUUUUCUACAGUUGUGAAGUGACCCCAUAGUAUGGUCUUUGUCUGUCCAAUGGCAUUCCAGCCAUGUAGUAUAUUUUGUCGUCUUGUAUCCUUAUGAGAGGAGAGGGGAAACUAUUAAGGCAUCCCUUGCAGUAGUAAGAUUCUAAUAUUGUCACAAAGGGCAGCUGACAGGCUGCGCCUCCUGUAAUUUUAGCGCACACUGAUGCAGGAGAUAGAUUUAACGGGCAAUGGUUGGCAAGCACCCCCCUCCUAAAGACGCAGGGAGACUGAGAGAGGAGAGAGAGGGGUGUUGAGGGCAGUAUGCAAGAGAGAGUCAGAGAGAGUGAGAGUGGAGUCGUUUUGCUGUGGCUCCUCAGUAAACCCAAGUUAGAGACAGACAGGGCAUUGUAUUGACAGCAGCAUGAUCCUUAUCACAUUUGGACUCUAUCUUCCACUAUUGUUUUGUUAUGUCUUGUCUCAGUCCUCUUUCCUGGACAAUAUUCUUUCAUUCCCAGCAGCUCUCCAACAACAACCUGCCUUGGACCAGCAGAGGAAAUUCAACCCCUGCUGUUUACUGAGUCCACCCCCACCCCCCCUGUUCCCUCCUCCCUCACUGUGGCACCGCGGUGGUCAUAAUGAGGAGUCCAGUAAGAGGGGAAAUCACAGAGAAGAUCCAGAAACAGGGACGGAGCUGAAAGGUCCCAGCUGUGUCGCAGGCCCCCCUGGCCCCAGCGGACCCCCCGGUCCUCAGGGUCCAGCUGGUCUACCAGGUCUGAAGGGACCAAAAGGUGAAAAGGGAGAACUGGGACGACCUGGACAAAAGGGUCGGACGGGUCCUCCAGGUCUCACGGGGCGCCAGGGACCAGCCGGGUGGCCAGGACCAAAUGGGCCCAAGGGGGAGAAGGGAGAUGGUGGAUUGAUGGGAAUACCUGGAGCAAGAGGACCUCUUGGACCUAAGGGUUUACCUGGAUACAAAGGAGAAAAGGGUUCCCGUGGUGACCGUAGUGAGAGCGGGAUGAAGGGAGACAAGGGCACAAUGGGCUUCCCUGGAAUGCUUGGACAGAAAGGUGAAAUGGGUCCAAAGGGAGAACCUGGAAUCUCAGGGAAUAGAGGACCGACGGGCAGACCAGGGAAGAGGGGCAAACAGGGAGGGAAGGGCGACAAUGGGAUUAUCGGCCCUCUAGGUCCAGCAGGUCCUCAGGGGCCCCCAGGCCACCCUGGUCCCCCAGGUCUCCCAGCCUCAGGACUCUACGUGGUUGGAACGAAAGGUGAGAGGGGGCUACCAGGUCUUCCUGGACCUUGCAGCUGUAACUCCAUUAGUGUUAAGAGUCCACAGUUUGAUGAACAUAGUUCCAGGAGCGACUACGCCAAAGUGCCAGCGAUAUUUGUGGUAAACAAUCAAGAAGAACUAGAUGGUCUUCAUACAGACAAUGCCCUAGCCUUCCGGAAAGACCAGAGAUCGCUUUACUUCAAAGACACCAACGGAUGGCUGCCCAUUCAGACUUCUUUCUUCCAGCUGACGCCUUUCCAGUCUACGGAGAAUGCUCCGGAACAGGAGGGUUACUGUGGCGACGGGAUCGUUCAGAUUCCCAACGGGGAGGAAUGUGACGACGGGAAUAGGAUUGUCACCGACGGCUGCGUCAAGUGUAAACAUGCUUACUGUGGAGAUGGUUAUCGCUAUGACGGUGCCGAGGAAUGUGAUGGAAAGGACUUUGGCUAUCAGACAUGCAACUCAUAUCUCCCAGGGUCUUAUGGUCGUCUCAGAUGCACUCCGUACUGUGUCAUUGACUCUACAAACUGCAAGUAUUUCACAUGAGGAGGAACCUGGACACAGCAGUGGGAUGCUUCUUGUCUUGUUUGCUUUGGUACUGAACAGGAUGACGGUAAUGCAAAAAAAAAGAUCAACAACAACACUGCAAACAAGAGACUCAAAAAGGAAGUGUUGACAAACUGGACUAAACCUGACAAAAUAACUAAAACUACACACACUAACUCUGUUGUAUCGCUGCUGAAGCCAUGUAGCUCCCGAGGAGGGGGGCCGGGGCCAGUAAAACGCCCCCUCAUCCAUUCGCACUGGACAAUUUCACUUUGUCUUAAAUAAAACUCAACCCAAGACUGAAGAGGUUCUGCCCACCUGAUAGGACCAGCCGCUGAAUGAGAGGCGGUCAAAUGAGAGACAGCCAGGAAGUGAGAGACAGCCAAUGGGAAAGCUCUGAUAAAGUGAGCGACUCGUGGGUGGAGCCGGAAGCCAUAUUUACCUCGACGUAGCACUGUUAAAGAAAAGAGAACCAGGUCUGAACAAUCAGAAGCAGGGUGCUGUGUAUUUUACUGCAACGUCAAUGACGUCAUGUACUGUAGCAGUUGCAUGAGGCUGAAAUUGCUGUGUGACCAUGGCUACAGAUGUCACUACCUGGGCAUUUAACCAAUCACAAUACUUACUAUCGUUGUCAUGAGCUUCGUACUGUGUAUAUAUAGUAGGUAUACGUCUCCAAUUGUACGUAGGGAGUAUAUUGUAUAUCAUAAUUUUACUAAUCAGGACAGGAGGGGCAUGUUAUAAUAAUACAGUAUUCAGGAGGAUUCUGAGAGCCUUGGUCAGUCUGUACUGAAGAGGCAGAUCUUAAACCUUGGUCAGUCUGUACUGAAUUCGGCAGAUCUUAAGCCUUGGUCAGUCUGUACUGAAUUUGGCAGAUCUUAAGCCUUGGUCAGUCUGUACUGAAUUUGGCAGAUCUUAAGCCUUGGUCAGUCUGUCCUGAAGAGGCAGAUCUUAAGCCUUGGUCAGAUCCUCUUCAGAAGAACAGUAAAGCUAUGUACUGUACAGUAGUAGCAUUUAGCCAAGAUGGCUGCCUGUGGAAAUAGCAGCCAAGCUGAUAGACCGGGAACCCUCACCUUCUGGUAGAACUGAACAGUGGACUUGUACCAAAUGACACCCUAUUCCCUAUGUAGUGCACUACUUUUGACUAGAGUCCAAUGGGCCCUGGUUAAAAGUAGUGCACUAUAUAGGGGAUAGUGUGCCAUUUGGACAGCCAGGCCCGUGAGCUCUAUUAGCUUUUGAUGGCACUGUACUGUAGUUGAAGAGGGCCGUUCAGAAUCUGGACAUUGUGGACAAGGUCAGCUUUGCUUUAGUUUAGAUUGACAUUUCCACGGUUUAACUCAGGAACCACUAACAAAAUGUAGCUUGCGGUUUUCAGAGAAAUCCUCCCUCAUAUCCACUGUAGAACACAGAUGAGACCACCCAGUCUGUGCUGCACACUGACUGUUACACUAUCCCUCUUCUCACUCAGAAGUGCUUACUGUACACGUUGAUGACUCAUGCCAUCAGUCCUCUAGGUAAAGAGGAGGACCAGUGAACUACUGUCUGCAGGGAGAAAUGACACGUGAAGGCUGGCAAACUGUUAUUAUGACUGCUACUACUACAUGUUCUUAAAUCAUUUCCUCAUUGCAGAACAGGAAGCGUUUUUAGCUGCUAUUUGGUGGGAAGUGAAUUCCGAUAGUUAGGGUGGGAAACCUUAUGACAGUCUACGGUGCAUCAGCUCUGGACAUCUUUCUGUCUGGUAUUUAUAGCAGUACUCCUCUUGAUACCUCCAGCCCGCCUGCUUAAAUAACUGGAGCAGAACUACUGCACCACUCAGUGGAGAACUGAACACUAUAGUCUGCAUUACUUCCUGUAUUCCCUCAGUAGUUUAAGAUAACAUUUCAGGAUAAGCUGUUCUUUACCACAAGCUAUAGGUCGCCGUGCCAACGGAGGCCAACCUUUAACCUCACCCACACUUAGGAAAAUAUUGUUGCUCAUGUAAAAGUGGAUGUAUGAAAAUAUGUAAUUUCAAGACUGUUCUAAAUGUUACAUCUGCAUGUUAGUGGUACUGUAACUUACAAGUUGAAAAUGCAACCCAUUUGCCAAAGGAGGCUGUGAAUGAAGCCUACAUGCUGUAAGUAAAUAUUAGUCAACUCUCGACAAGGUAUAUGCUUUUAAAGAAAUAUUGAUGGUUCUUGUUAAUGUAACUGUAUAACUGUAAUGACUGAAUAUUAUGUCAACUUUUAUAUGACAGGUAUAACUGUAUUAUCCAUUGCACCGUGUAUAAACACAUUAAAUAUCCAUUUGUUUGGCUAAUAUGAGUGUACUGUAUGCUGUAGGUACACUGGUAGCAUGUGGUAACAUGACACAACGCUUGGUGGUGGUCAAUGCGCUCGCAUAUCAGCAUUUCACAACUCCUCUGAUUUCAUAAUUAACACAUGUUUGACACAGACAUGUUUGACACAGUCAUGCAUUAUUGAGAACAAAAUAAAGAUGAGAAAAUGGAA